UUGAUCGCCUCUUUCUGGGUCUUUAUUAUAAUUGCUGUACUCAUAGCAGUUGGCCUUCUUACGAGACUUUCCUUCUGUAAAUCUGUGGUUAUUAACAGCUAUUUCUGUGACCACGGCCAGAUAUACCGACUUGCGUGCAAUGACCAUUUCCCCAAUUAUGUCGUCAGUUGUUUGUACCCUGCUCUUAUUUUUUGGCUUCCACUUGCUUUUAUCUUGUUAAGUUACCUAUAUAUUGGAUGUACAUUGUCUAAGGUGGCCACAGUUCAGGAGACACUCAAAGCCUUUAAAACUUGCAUAGCUCAUCUCUCUUUGGUGGCAAUCUAUUUUAUUCCACUGUUAAUCACAUUUACCCUGAUGGAAAAUAUACAUCCAAAUGCCAGGAUCAUAAACCUGUCUGUUACCUCCAUCUUUCCUCCCACGUUGAACCCAAUUAUUUAUGUUCUGCAGACACAAGAAAUCAAAGAAUCUGUGAAAAAGUUGUUAAAAUUCAAAAGGAAAUCUAAAAUAACAGUAAAGAAAAUAAUCAUAAAGUGA